CCUAAAUCAACGUUUCAACUGUUGGAGGCUUGGAGGCUUGGAGGCAGAGAGCAAGGAGACGGAAAACACAGACCAGAGGUGGAAGUUCGGAAAUGGUGAAGUUCCUCAAGCCUAACAAAGCCGUCAUCGUCCUCCAAGGCCGUUACGCCGGCCGGAAGGCGGUCAUCAUUCGCGCCUUCGACGAUGGAACUCGGGAUCGCGCUUAUGGCCACUGCUUAGUCGCUGGAAUCAAGAAGUACCCGGCCAAGGUUAUCCGCAAGGACUCCGCCAAGAAGACCGCUAAAAAAUCCCGUGUCAAGGCCUUCAUUAAGCUCGUUAAUUAUAGGCAUCUGAUGCCCACUAGGUACACUCUCGAUGUCGAUCUUAAAGAUGUUGUCACUGUCGAUUCGUUGCAGUCAAAGGACAAAAAGGUCACCGCCGCCAAAGAGACCAAGAAGAGGUUCGAGGAAAGGUUCAAAACCGGGAAGAACAGGUGGUUUUUCACUAAGCUCAGAUUCUGAAGUAGCUCAUUCAGUUACUGGUUUCUUCUGGAUUACUCUCGUAUUAGGUUAUUGAGCAAUUUGAUUUUUUGUUUUCGAGUUAUCGUACGUUCUAUCUUACUAAUGUAGUUUGUUUUGGUGUUUAAUUUUUGUCUGGACGUACUUUGAAUGCUUGGAUGAGAAAUCUCUAUGGUUAUAAUGAUACAUUUGAGACUUGCAUUUAUAUAGAUUCAUAUAUUUUUCUGAUAUUA